UUUUCCCGGCAGAAUAGAGCUACCGAGUCACGUUUGACGUGAGAGAAAAUGGGAAAUUGAAAAAUUUGUCGACUUCAAUUUUUGCAAGUUUUUUAAUUUCGUUAUCUGAACAGGUGAUUGGUCGAACCAACAAGUUACUUAUUUCUAGAAACUCGAGGGAGGACUGGCGCUUGGAUGCGGCGACGAAAAUCCCAGGAACGUAAUACUCGAACGAAAGUCGUGACGUCCCCGAUGCACGAAUCCAAUCCGCGAUGCUCCGAUUUUUUUUAUUGCCGUUUCUACUUCAGUUGUGCCGCGGAUUCACCGGAAGGGGAUUGCAUUAUCCAGGACGAUCGGAUCUAUUCGAAUUAUCGGUGAUACACAUAAAUGAUUUCCACGCGAGGUUCGAGCAAACAGGGCCCCGAUCCGAAGCGUGUCACGAAGGUGAGGAGAAGGAUUGCAUCGGCGGAAUCUCAAGAGUUUCCACCGCAGUGAAUCGUUUAAUGAAUGAAAGACCGAAUCCAAUUUUCUUGAAUGCCGGUGACCAUUACCAAGGGACUCUUUGGUACAACGUUCAUCGUUGGAACGUGACUGCUACAUUUAUGAACAUGUUACCGCACGAUGUCAUGACAAUAGGGAACCACGAGUUUGACGAUGAAGUCGCUGGUGUGGUUCCCUUUUUAAAAAUGGUCAAAGCACCAGUGGUAGUUACCAAUAUUGAUGCAAAUGAAGAGCCAAUGAUACAAGGCCUCUACGAGAAUAGCACGAUAAUCGAAAGGAAUGGAACAAAAAUCGGAGUUAUUGGUGUUCUUAUUUCGACGGCAAAUACAAUUUCCAGAACCGGGAAAUUAAAAUUUCUGGACGAGGUGGAAUCGGUGAACGACGAGGCCAGGAGAUUGAAGUCUCAGGGUAUUGACAUUAUUAUCGUUUUAAGCCACUGUGGACUGAAGGUGGAUAGAAUAAUGGCUGCCAAGUGUCCUUUGAUCGAUGUCAUCGUCGGUGGACACUCCCAUACGUUUCUUUACUCAGGACCACCCCCCUUUAUCGACCAGCCGGAAGACGAAUAUCCAGUGAUAGUGAUUCAAGAGGACACCAACAGAACGGUGUUGAUCGUUCAAGCAGCUGCUUUCACGAGAUACUUGGGGAAUCUAACAGUGUGGUUCGACGCGAAUGGUGAGGUGGUUGAUUGGGACGGAAAUCCGAUUCUGCUUGAUUACUCUAUCGAACAAGAUCCUGAGAUGCUGAAGGCUUUGGCACCUUGGAAAGUGAGCGUCGACGAGAAGGCAAAAACAAAGAUUGCUCGAAGCAGAGUUUUCCUCAACAACAAAUGUCGCAGAAACGAGUGCAACCUUGGAAAUUUGAUUACAGACGCUAUGGUUGACGCUUACGUAGACAAAGCGGAGAACAAGACUGUUUGGACAUACGCUGCAGUUAGUGUUACUAAUCCUGGAGGAAUACGAGCUCCUAUAGAUUCCACAACUCAAGAUAUCACUUUUGCCGACUUGAUCAUGGCUCAACCCUUCGAGAACACGUGGGACAUCCUCGAAUUAAAUGGCAGCUGCAUCAUACAGAUCCUAGAAAUGAAAGACAUUCUCACAUGGUCAGGCAUAAAAGUGGUUUUUAAAAUCGAAGGGGAUACCAGAAAGGCAGUAGAUGUUAAAAUAAGGUGUCGAGCUUGCGAGGUGCCAAUGUACGAAGAUCUAGUAUUAGACCAAUGGUACAGACUCGUGGUUCCGAGCUUCUUAGUUCAAGCUGGAGAUGGAUUCGACCCAUUCGUAACCUGUGGCAGAAAUCACGAAAUCGGAUUCGUAGAUUGGGUGGUACUGUCUAAAUACAUGAAGAAGAUCAGCCCUAUAUUAACUGGACAAGAUCGUCGAGUGAUCUUUAUAGAUGAAACUAAUUCCUAGUUGGCUCGAAUGAAUACUCCUCUUUGGAAAAAAAGGACACGCAAGGAAAACUUUUAAAUUGAAAGACUUUGUAGAAUCAUCUGCCGUAAAAUGAUAUUAAGCAGUAUUGUAUUUGAAUCAAAGUGAAAUCGUGCGAUAAAUGUAAAUUUGUGACAAGCGCGGCGUGAUCUCGUUUAUCUCUUUGAUAAUGUACUCGGAUAAUUAACGCAAGAAUUGAAUAAUAUAAAAAUGAAAGGAAAUAACAUUAUAUUCAUUCUUUUAUAAUACGAAAAGAAACGCGAGGAUUAAUAACGGAAUAGUACAAAGUGCCAUCGGAUUUUGUCCACGAAUUUAAAUUUAAAUCACUGUUUGGUUCAUAUUCGUAAAGGCAUAAAAUCACUUGGAGAACCGCUAUCAACAUCGACUAUCCAUGUCAAUAAUUUCAUGAAUUCUUUUUCCAACAGAUAAAUUUCUACUUCUACAAAGUAUUAUUGUAGAUAUUAUACGAUUAAAGCACACAACAAUGCAAAAAGAAACUUCAAAGCUCUUCUCAACGAGCUGAACUCGAAGCUGGAGGGGCGCCUCUGUUUCAUUUCAGCUUGUAAAUUCAAAACAAUUAAAAUCGCUCGUUAACUUGCUGUUCAAUCUACGCAUCCCCCAAAGAGAAAGAAAAUCGAGUUACGACAGAUCGAUCAGUUUCCUCGGCAUUUCGCUCAAGAAAUAUUCGCUUUUU